ACAGCGGCGCCUGGCGCCCGUGCCGGCAGGACUGACCCAGGUGCGGAACGGCCUGAGCGGGGCGAGCGCGCCAACGCACCCCACUCCCAUGGCGGCUGCCGGGGGGCCGGAGUCGCCCGUGGGGGCCCCCGUCGCGGAGUCCGCGCCGCCGCCGGCCUGCCGCUUCUUCCUGGAGGGCCGCUGCCGCUUCGGUGCCCGCUGCCGCCAGCCCCACCCCGGGGCGCCGGCGCCGCCGCAGCCUAGAGGCGAGCCCGAAGCCGAGGCCAAAACCAAGAAGCCGCCGCUGCGCACGGCUGCGGCCGUCAUCCAGCGCAUCCGCUGGGACCCGCGCCUCGACCCGGCCGACUUCUCCGUGGGCUACGUUGACCGCUUCCUGGGCUCGCGCGAGGAGCCCUUCCUUUCCUUCUGCUGGGACAAGCCUCUGGCGGCGCUCGGGCCGGGCGUCCUGGCCGUGCCGCAGCACCGGGUGCGCUACUUCCGCUUCCGCGGCCGUCUGGUGUGGGACCGCGCCUCGCGUACGGACCUCGUCUUCGGCUCGGGCUUGGCUGCGGGCCGCGGGUCCACCAUCCUGGACGCGCUCGACGGCGGGGACGCGCACGGGGUCGGAGAGGCGGGCGACGGCGAGGACGCGCACCAGACCGGGCAUGCGAGCGACGGCGAGCACGUGCACGGAGCCGAAGGUGAGAGCGACGGCGUGGACGCGCGCGGGACCGGGGGCGCGCACGACGGCGGAGACAGGGGCGGGGACGUGCACGGGACCGGGACCGGGGACGAGAGUGACGGCGAGGACGCGUACGGGGCCGGAGGUGCGCUCAGCGGUGGGGACACGGCCGGGGCCGGAGGCGCACUGGACGGCGUAGCUGCGACCUGCCUUGGCACCGGUGCGGGAGGGCGCGUACAGCCAACUUGGACGGGACUCCGGGCCGCCUUGGCCCCGGAUGGCGGAGGCCCCGAAGCUGGGCGCCUGGGGUUGGCGGGGACGUUAUCGAGGAUCCAGGAGCGGGCGUUGGGCGGCCCUGGAGGCCAAGGUUCCCCGUGGAUGCAGCCAAGAAGGGCGCUGAAGCCAGCCGCCGCCGCUACCGGGGACCUGGAGCCGCCGGGUGGGGAGCUGCCGGCUGUGGUAGCCCCGGGAAGGCCCUCGGAAGGCCUCUCUGAGACGGAAGUGGAGUGGGGUCCCGGGGUCUGGCCCGUGGACGGUGGAGCAGCCGGGGCUGUGGGCCCUCGCCAGCCCCGCCCCACGCACUUCGUGGCCCUCAUGGUGACAGAGGCUGAGCUGCAGGCCGGGGUGGCCAAGGUCCAAGAAGAACUGGUACGAAAUGCACCAGCUUGCGCGGCGUUCACAGUGCCUGCUCAGGCCCUGCACCUGACAGUGGCCCUGCUGAGGCUGGCGGGCCCCGGGGAGCUGGCGGCUGCGGUCGACGCACUCAGAGGCGUGCUCUCUGACCCUGGGCUUCAGGUCCCUCCGAGGCUGAGGUUCAGGCGCUUGGUAUUCCUGGGCUCUCAUGUGCUCUGUGCGCCCCCCGACCCCCCUUUGGAGAACAUGGCCCGAGUGCUCAGCCAGAGGCUGGAGGCCGGGGGGCUGAGAGUGCUGCAGCCCUGCAGGGGGCUACACCCCCACCUCACCCUGGCCAAGGUGCCCCAGGGUUCCCAAGUCGGCCUCCCCAAGCCUGGGUUCAGCCCAAGGCAGGAGCUGGGGAGCCAGCCUCUGGGGAAACUCUGGCUGUGCCGCGUGGGGAGGUCAGGGGGCACCUACCAGGCCGUGGCUGAGAUCCCCCUGGUAUCUCAACCCCAAAAGAAAUAAAGGCCAGGACCCAGACACCCAGAGGAAAUCUAGCUCAAGGCAGAAGAACAAAGCGUGCACGCGUGUUUUCUCUCUCUCUCUUUAAUUUUGAUUUCUCUCAAGCUUCCAAAUGGUGCUCAGUGCUCCAAGGAAAGAAUGAAGGAAGGAAAGGGGAAGGGGAGAGGAGGGGGAGGGGAGGCAAAGGAGGAACAUCUGGAAAAAAAGCAGCCCGACAGUCCAGCUGUUUGCAAACUCAUUGCACAUCCUCCAGUUACAUGGCAGAAGAGGGAGGGAGGACGGAAAAGAAAAGGGGAGGAAGAAAAAAUAACUUAAAUAAACACACACAAAAAGAAAAGAGAAGGAAACAUGACGUGAGCUGGUGAUCCAUGAGGCGGGGAGGGAGGGUAACCGUUUACCUGUGCUGAACCAAGGGGGGAGCGGGAGCGGGAGGGGGAGGGAGGGAAGGGAAAAAAA